AUGAUGCUUGAUCCUUUGCAGAAGUUCAACUACUUUGCUGCUCAGUGGAGCGAUGAUCUCAUGCGCGAGGUUGUCGACACAGCAGAGAAGAUCUUCAAAUUUUAUUGGCUCAAGGCUGGUGGAGCCCAGAGCGAAAAAAAUUGUCCGCAGAAGAAAGCGAGGACUAACAAGUACAAGAGUCUUGCAUCCGACGACGAAGAUGAUGUCCCUACUCGGGUGCAGCCCCCCGCAGCCCCAAAUGUUGAUGUGUCACGUCCAUGGUCGCAGGAUUUUAGGAAGUACAUCGAGCUCGAGGAUGAGAUCGUUCCCGAGGGAACAAAUGUAAUCGAUUGGUGGAGCAGAAAUCAUCAACGCUUUCAUCCGGGGUGGCGCCUAUUGGCGCUCGACUAUCUGGCAAUCCAAGCUGCCUCAGUAUCUUGUGAACGGGCAUUCUCGUCGAGCGGCAUCACAAUCUCUGAUCGCCGUAACCGGCUCAAAGGUGACAUUGUCGAGGCUCUGCAGUUCCUGAAGUGCAGUUUCCGCGAGGAUUUGCUCAUUCGCGAGUUCUUGAACAGUGACAACGAGCCUCUGUUGAUAUUGGAGGACAACAGUGCCGACUCAGCGUUGGAUGGAUUCCGAGUAUGGGAUGACUGUCUCGCUGAUGAGCCCGAUGAGGGAGAGGAUGAUGAGGACAUCCAGAUUACUGUUUAA